AUGGCUUCUGCCUCAAGACCAAACCCUAGCUUCGCGUCAACCAGGUUAACAACCAGAAAUCAUAGCGGAGGCCCACCGCUCACGCAGGUCGGAGGGAGGCCAACACGGAGCGCGCAAAAGAGAGCUGCGGAAACAGAGAGCCAAUCGCCCGACGAUUCGACAGAACAACUGAGCCAUGCAUCGACAAAGCGAAAGGCCGAGCCUGCGACUGAUGAUGAACCUCUUGCUUCCAGUGAUGAGGACGAGUACGACGACUUCGGAGAGGUAGAGGAGGUAUCACCAAUUCGUGAUCCGCAGAAGAGGACUCUAUUCUCGCCAAGGGACUUAAACUACCAUAUACAGCAGAGUGAUGCUACAAAAUACUUGUCGAAAGGCCGCCUGGAGGGGAGAGAUAGUUCGGAAAUAAAAAAUUCGCCGGGGAGACGGAAGGUUGCGCCUACACCUAAGAAGAAGCAAAUCAACACAUCUAGGAAACCAGUGGUUAAACGCAAUAUCAGGAAACCUGCAACUCACCCUUCCCAAAAAGAUAAGGAUGAGGAGCCCAUUUUUGCUGCAUUUCCAAAUCAAGUCCGAAAACAAAAGCAGUACUCGUCAAAGGCAUCUCACAACAUCCAUGCUUCAACGCCCCUGAAAAAACAGACAGCGCGCGAAUUGGAAAUGGAAUCUUCGAGCGAUUCGGACGAUGGCCCUGAACAGUCACAUAAAUCCCAAACAGACAAAGGGCCCCGGUUUAAGGAUCCCACCUCCUUUAUGGAAGCCCACGUUGCAAUUCCAGCUAGCUCUUGUCAUGAAAAUGAUUUUGACAUGCUAGAACUCAGCGAUGGAUUUGAAGCCGUGUCCCCCUUGAGCUCCGUAUCUUCGUCUUUCUCCGUGCAUAUACCCCCUGAAAUCCAAGAGGAGAUUGACCGUCGCACAGCUGCAGUUACUGUGUGCCCAGUGUGCGAGGUACCUGUGGAUGUGGAGCUGUUCAAAUCUUUCAAAUCAAUGGAAAGGAUGGGCCAGCAAUCUCGGUUCUGUUUGUUACACAGGAGGAAAUCUGCAGAAAAGCAGUGGAAAGAAUGUUGUUAUCCAACAAUAGACUGGGGCUCAUUCCAGGAGCGCAUUGAAAGCCACUUUGCAGAAUUGGAAAGAAUGUUGCUACCUGAUAGUGUCUCGGUUUAUCGAGAAUUGUUAAAAUCAUCCGCACAGGAGUGCAACAAGCAAGGGAACUUUCGCCUUAGCAUUACUAACUCUGAACUAGAAAAGAUGACCACUGGGUAUUAUGGGGCGCGAGGUGCAAAAAACAUGAUGGAAGCUAUUGUUACUCGCUUUGCUCCACGAGUGCGAGAAUUAGCGUUAUCAGACUCACUUGUAAAGGCGGUCGGAGUUUCCGGUUAUGUCCAAGCAGUGCUUGUUCCAGAACUGACAACAACGCUUGUGAAGGAAGACAUGAAUGUUGACGAAGAGGAGGCUAGGCGCAUCAUGCAAGAAAGCAUGGAGAUUGGUGAUCUCUUGAACCCGCAAAUUGACGAUACUAUGGAGCUAAGGAACGAAAGUCUGGGCAUCUAG